AUGAGCUAUGGAUGGCUGACAGAAAGUUCCUUGAUUCCAGAACCUGCAGUUCCUAUCAAUGUAGAUAACUCAUCUGUAAUUAUAUAAUAUAUCCAAACACAGAUAGUUGCUAUGAAAAUAGCAUUGAUGAAGGAUAAAUAAAAUGAAUAAGGUGCUCUUUCCAAGGCAAAAGUAGUUAAAAAAUAAGAAAAAAGAAUCAACAAAGGAAUUGAAGAAAGAAUUAAGAGGGAUAUGAAAGAUAAUGCUGCUGAAACUGAUUAAAAUCGUUUAGAAAAACUUAAUGCUAUUUUAACAAAGAAGGCUGAAAUUUAUGAAAGAUAAAAAUAAACAGGGAUAGUAACUAAGAAUUCAUUGAUAGACUUCAAUUUAAAAUAGUUAAAUGAUAUGAGUGAAAAAGAUUAAGAGUAUUAAAUACUUUAUUAUUUGUUAGAUAAUAUGAAAUGGAAAGACAAGAAUUCAUAAAGAAAAAGAAGGAGGAAAUUCAUUAAGCAUAAAGAAAUCUAAUAAAUCAAAGACCUGAAAUUGCAAAUCCCUAAUUAGGAUUUUAGUAAAAUUAAUAAGAACUUGAAAGAAUUUAAUGGGAAUAACAAAUGAUGAAAGAUAUAGAAAACAAUAUUAAAGAUUCAAAUUAAAUUCUAUUCGAAAAAGGACCAAUUGAACAAUCUUAUGAUAAAAGAUUAUCAUAAGCAGAAAAAGAGUAAAAAAUAAUUAUUUUAUUAAUAGUAAACUUCCAAAUGUUAUAAGUGAAGAAUAAGAAGCUAAAGAAAAGAUAUCAGAAAUAGCAAGAAAAAGAAAAGAAUUUUAAGAAAUUAGAAUGGAAAAACUAAAAAAGUUAAUUAAAAAGUGA